AUGAAAGUAAGACCAAGAAAUUAAUUGCGCUUACCUAAGAAUUCGGGACACAUUUAGACCGAAACCAGUCAGGAUCAACUGUAGUCUACUAAUGACUCUCGAUUCAGGAGUGAUUUGACUUGUAGACAAACUGUCAGAGUAAGGAAUGCUAUAAAAGAAGCUCUAAUGAUCUCAAAUAUAAAAUUAGCAUUUUAGGAGGAAAUUGACAAGAUCAAGGAGGAGAUAAGACAGCCUGAAAAGUAACAAUAGAUGAUUACUGAGAUGUUGUAAUAAAACAGAGUUAUCAUCCAAAAUACUCUGAUACAAUUAAAUUAAUUAUUUUUAGAACGGAAGGAUCGAGAUUAGGCGAUAAGAAUAAUCAACGAAAUCAGCAAUUAAGUGAUGAAAUCCAAGAUUCCAGACUUGAAAAUAUUCAUCUACUUAAAAUUAGCCAAAGUAGUGUGCCAUUAUAAAUUGCUCUACUUCAGCAUAAUCUUGGCCAAAAUAGUCAAGAGGAUGUCUGACAACGAGCAUUUAUUAAAAUAUAAAUUGUUGGCCUACAAACUCUUGGGAAUCUGCUUUUUUAAAUUAAGAAACCGACAAGCCAAAAUCUACUUUACCAAAUAUUUGAUGUGCAGUUGGAAACUAAACAAGAAGGAUCACGAAUUGAAGGCUUACGAAUAUUUGGGGAAGUACUACUUCUAGGAGGGAGACAUCGAUAAGGCCACAAUCUUUCAUGAAAGGAUGGUAAACGGAGCCAUUUUGUUACCUCAUUCUUCUUUGAGAGUGUUGGGCAUCAGGAAAUUGGAGCAGGGAUCAAUUGGGAAGGGCAAGAAGAAUUACGGAUUGGUAGAACAUAAUGAAAUUAAUGUGUCGAGUGAUGCAGAGGGAUUCGAGUUGAUAUUCAAUGAUGACGACACUCUUCCCAAUAAGGUUGCAAUACAAAAAAUGGAUCAAUUGGUUUAGGAUGGCAAGAGGAAAAGCCUCAUUAAUUACCCAAUCAGAAAGAACCUCAUCUUCUAACAUAGGAGUCUUCAUCUUUUGGAUAAUAAAAUCAAGACUCGAAAUACUAAUCAAUUGCCAGUGAUGUUGAAUCAUCUAAGUCCCAAUAGGCAAUUGGUGAAUUACCAGUUUCUUGAACUGAACAAGGCAAUUUCCAAUUAUAAAUUGACUCAUAACAUGGAUCCUUAUUUUGAGAGGAAGGAUGCUUAGUCUAAUUCGCGUUUUGGAAUAAGUGGAUGCUUGGAUUAAAUUAUGAAUAUAUAUAUAAUUAUCAAAUAAUCGAAAAACUAUAUCACUAAACAAUAGGAGGAGAUCGGAGAGCGUAAUGUAGAGAUUGAGAUCAAUCUAGAUGUUGAAUAAAUUUCGUAUAAAUUGGAUGAUAUUCUUAAAUUUCAAUAGUAGGAGAAUUCAAGUCUGCAAUCAUUGAAGCAAUUGACCUUACCAGUCGAAGUACCUGUGAGAUUGGCAAAGGAAUUGGAUGCGAGAUUCCAGAGAUCUAUUAGGUAGCUUCAGAUUAAGUAGGUAAGAAUUGGGGAGUAGAUGAGAGGACCAAUUAGAAGAAUCAGUGGAAGAAUCAAUUGA